CAAGAAAUGUGAAAUGCAACAUUUCUCUUCCAUUAGCAAACAAUUUCAAACUAAUAACACAAACAAAAGAAAAAGAAAAAAAUAUAUAUGGAAGUUCAACACUCUACCUAACAAUAACAAUGGCGAAAAAUUGCUUCGACCUCAAAACGAUGACGUAUUCCUCACCAAGACAACCCAUCCAUCUUCCCACCGAUCCCAAUCUCUCCCUAACCUCCUUCCUCUUCCAAUCCACUUCCUCCGUCUCCGACACCAUCUCCCUCACGGAUGCUCUAACCGGCGACUUCCUAACCUUCCGUCAACUUGAAACCCAAGUCACCACCCUCUCCCAUUCCUUACCCCGCCUCGGCAUCCAACGGGGCGACGUCGUUUUGCUAUUCGCACCUAACUCUAUACGCUUCCCUGUCUGCUUCUUAGCUGUAGUUUCCAUAGGUGCUAUUGCCACUACCUGUAGUCCUUUAUACACCGUCUCCGAACUCUCCAACCAAAUCCAUGACUCCAAUCCAAAAAUUAUCGUAACUGUAUCAGAACUUCUACACAAAAUCGAACAAUUACAUUUGAAUUUACCUUUAAUAUUGCUUGACGAUGCUUCAACCAGAGUAUCAUCCUCCAAAAUAUCCAGUUCUUUGAUUCAGAACUACGAGGAUCUUACCAGAGAGUCAAACAAGAGCUGCGACGAGAUUCAUGCAAACGGCGUCGUUUCGCAAUCCGACGUGGCGGUGAUCCUAUACUCUUUAGGAACCACCGGAAGAAGUAAGGGAGUGAUGCUGACUCAUCGAAACUUCAUAGCGACGGCGUUGGCAGGAGCAGUGGAUCAGGAUUAUUACGGCGAAGGGAAGAAUGUGGCCUUAUGUUUGGUGCCAAUGCAUCACGUGAUGGGAUUGGCCGUGAUAACGUACACGCAUCUACGGAGAGGGAAUACGGUGGUGUCGAUGGUUAGAUUUGAACUAGAGAAGACUUUGGCGGCUGUGGAGAAGUUUAGCGUGACGCAUUUGUCUAUUGCCCCACCGGUGAUGGUAGAGCUGGUUAAACAGCGUCAAGUUUUGAGCCGUUAUGACUUGUCGUCCCUGAAAAGACUAGCCUGUGGUGCUGCUCCUUUGGGAAAAGAUGUGAUGCAGGAGUGUGCUAAAAUUCUACCUCAAGCUAAUAUCGUUCAGGGGUAUGGCUUGACCGAAGCAUGUGGACUUGUUUCCGUAGAAAAUUUAAGGGAAGAAUGGUUCCUUUGUGGUUUAGGUUCAAGUGGAGCACUGCUUCCAAGUGUAGAAUCCCAUAUUAUUAGUUUAGAAACAUCGAAGACACUACCACCGAAUCAAGUAGGAGAGAUUUGGUUACGAGGACCUACUAUGAUGAAAGGAUAUUUCAACAACCCAGAAGCAACAAAGCACACGAUUAAUGAUGAGGGAUGGAUGAUUACAGGAGAUCUUGGAUAUUUUGAUGAAAAAGGACAGUUUUUUGUUGUAGACCGUAUAAAAGAGCUUAUUAAGUGUAACGGAUAUCAAGUGGCACCAGCUGAACUCGAAGACUUGCUCGUUACUCAUCCUGAAAUUUCGGAGGCUGGAGUGAUUCCAUCCCGCGAUGCCAAUGCUGGCGAGGUUCCUGUGGCCUUUGUUGUUCGAUCUCCUAAUAGCUCGAUAACUGAAGAAAACAUUAAGAAAUUUGUAGCGAAACAGGUUGCACCUUACAAAAGGUUGCGGCGAGUGACUUUUAUAAAGAAAAUUCCAAAGUCAGUCAUAGGAAAGAUUUUAAGAAAGGAUCUAGUAAGUUUAGAUCGACAAAAGACAUCAAAACUAUAGUAUAUUAAUGCCUUAGAACGAUAUGAUGUACCAUAUUUUAGGAGAUGAACGAAAUAGAUAUUCAGGUUCUUGUCUCUACAAUGAAGAUCUUGUGUAUUUAUAGGCAUUUCAUAAUAUGUAACAUGUCUAAUUAAGAUAUCUUGUCGCAAAGGAGUGCUCUAUUUUCUGGUUGAAAAAUAAGAGUUUAACAAAGAUGCACCUAUAUUCGAUGAGAACCUGUAUUUUUCAAGGCUAUAUUGUAACGUCAUUUGAAAAGUAAAUGCCAAAUUCUCAUGAAUGUUAGUGUAAAAUUUAAUUUAUAAUUGGAGUACACUCACUUCACA